UGGGGAAUUCCCCGCAGGGCGGAAGCGCCAGGGCUUCAGGCAGAGCCUAGCUACAGGCGGGCGGCCGCUGGGGCCCCUGAGGCUUCGGGGGCCAUGGCAGGGGUCGCGUGUUUGGGGAAAGCUGCGGAGGCCGACGAAUGGUGCGACAGCGGUCUGGGCUCUCUGGGUCCGGACGCAGCAGCCCCCGGAGGACCGGGAUUGGGCGCCGAGCUGGGCCCGGGGCUGUCGUGGGCGCCCCUCGUCUUCGGCUACGUCACUGAGGAUGGGGACACGGCACUGCACUUGGCAGUGAUUCAUCAGCACGAGCCCUUCCUGGAUUUCCUCCUAGGCUUCGCGGCUGGCACUGAGUACCUGGACCUGCAGAAUGACCUGGGCCAGACAGCCCUUCACCUGGCAGCCAUCCUGGGGGAGGCCUCCGCAGUGGAGAAGUUGUAUGCGGCGGGUGCCAGCCUGCAUGUGGCAGAGCGUGGGGGCCACACGGCACUGCACCUGGCCUGCCGCAUGAGGGCGCAUGCCUGUGCUCAUGCGCUACUCCAGCCCCGUCCCCGGUGCGCCAGGGGAGCCCCCAACACCUACCUCGCUCAGGGCCCUGCCCGCACCUCUCAAGCCGAUCACCUGCCUGUUGCCUUGGACCCCGAACCCAACUCGGAGAAGGAAGAUGAAGAGAGUGAGGAGGAUUGGAAGCUGCAACUGGAGGCUGAGAACUACGAGGGCCAUACUCCACUGCACGUGGCCGUCAUCCACAAAGAUGCAGAGAUGGUCCGGCUGCUGCGGGAGGCUGGAGCAGACCUCAACAAACCGGAGCCCACGUGUGGCCGGAGCCCCCUGCACUUGGCAGUGGAGGCCCAAGCCGCCGACGUGCUGGAGCUCCUCCUGAGGGCAGGUGCCGACCCCGCCACCCGCAUGUAUGGGGGCCGCACCCCACUGGGCAGCGCCACGCUCCGGCCCAACCCCAUCCUCGCCCGCCUUCUCCGUGCACAUGGAGCCCCUGAGCCUGAGGACGAGGACGACAGGCCAGGCCCCUGCAGCAGCAGUAGCGACAGUGACAGCGGGGACGAGGGCAGGGCUCUCACACGGUCCUAUUUCUCCAUAACCUACUCCAUAAAGCGGGCCUCGCUGUGCUCCCCAUUUCGUAAAUGACAAAACCGAGACUUGGAGAGGUAAAGUCUGUGGACUUGUGACCUUCUACGAUCUGGAGCAGCAGAGGAGAAAGCAGGCUAGACUGGAGUCUGAAUGUGGGGUGCCUCCAAGCUGUGCGUCCUUGGGCAAACCUCGUCCCUUCUCCGAGCCUCGGUAUGCCCAUCUGUGAAAUGGGCUCACAGGAGCUCCCCAGCAGGGUUGGCGCAUGGCUUCCCUGGAAAGAUGGGUUAGCACUCACUGAACGCUAACUGUGAUCACUUCUGUUGUCUGCACUGUCUGCCCGCCUGUGACGCACGUCACCCGGGGCCUGGCACUUCCGUAGUAGGGUCACCGGGAGAUGUCACUAGCCUUGCAACUGGCCUUCGAGCGGAGUGGUGGAAAGCAGCCUGAAUGCCUGGGUGCGAAUCCUGCCCCAACUUUCUGGCUGUGACACGGAGGCACAUUUUUAACCUCCUGGGGCCCCGGUGUCGUCAGUUGCAAGUUGGGUUUGGACUGUCCCUGUCUCCCAGUGUUGUGAGGGCUGCACCUAGAACGAUGCUUGGCACACAGUGACUGCUUAUAUAAAUGUCUGCUGUUGAUUUUAUGAUGACUUUUC